AUGGAACUCAUGGAACUAGUUGAGAACGAGCCCACUGCCCGUCCAUUCCAGUGCGACUGGCAGUCUUGCACAAAGAGCUUUAAUCGGAAAUCUGAUUUACAAAGACAUUAUCGUAUACAUACUAAUGAGCGGCCGUAUUCUUGCUCUAUCCCUGGAUGCGGGAAGAGUUUUAUUCAGCGUAGUGCGCUGACGGUUCAUAUUCGAACACAUACAGGGGAAAAGCCCCAUCAAUGCCAACACAUUGGCUGUGGCAAACGGUUCUCUGAUUCUUCAAGUCUUGCGCGGCACCGACGUAUACACACUGGAAAGCGUCCAUACAAAUGUGCCCAUGAUGGCUGUUCCAAAAGCUUUUGCAGAAAAACCACCAUGGUCAAGCAUCAACGGAGAUCGCACCAGCAAGGGAUGAACCCCAACGAUAUCGACGAUUGCUCCUCGGAUUCUGAUGAUGACGAGUCCCCCUCUACUCCCCAGCACUCCUCCAUGACCUGGUCGCCUCACGACAUGGUUUCUAUGGGUCAAGCAGCACCAAACGGUUCGCUCCAUCGUGCAUCCUCUUAUGCCGACUUCGAGUCUCAGGUUCAUGGCCACCAUAUGCCACCUCAUUAUGCUCACAGGCAUGGAAUCCCCACCACUGUUCCCCAUGAAUAUCACGGGCAUACAGUGCCUGAUCAGCACACCCACGUUCAACUUGUUCAUCGAGCCGCAGCCAUACCGCGUCAGGCAUAUUAUGUAACCGAGCAAGGGAACCCUGGUGUCGCCACGAUGACUAGUUCUUUGCCUGCUCAUUACCACUUGUCACAACAUGUGGAGCGACCUGCUAUGGAGAUGCCGUAUUCGGCCCCAGGAAUCCCGACGUCAAUUCAGAGCAGCCCUAGCACCUUCUCUGCCACUUCGGUCCCGAGCCCUAUGGUUCAAGAUGGCUUCUAUGCUCACCAGCCGACAACCCAGCCAGCAUAUACAGCAGCAGAAACUCAACCAGCUAUGGUUCAGUACCACCAGCCUAUUCAGCACCAUAUGGCACAGCCCCAGCAGCCGGUUGUAUCUCAGCCACAGCAUAUGCCUGCCACGGCCGAGCACUACCCUCCCCCGUCAGCGCACCCGCAACAAGAGCAGUGGUCCCAUUACGACCCGCCGAUUGAGGUUACAACCAUUGGGCAGCUGCCCGCGUACGGGAGCGCAGUAUAUGAUAUCUAUGCGCCAAAGAUAGAGUUCGAUGAUCCUUCACUGCAACUUCCCAGUAGCAGAUUGGCAAGCAUGUGA